AUGUCAUCAACACAAUUCCUUCCAUUAUUGUCUCGAGAUUUUAGUAAAUUACUUGAGAAAGGUAAAAAUUGUGAUGUUACAAUCAGAGUUGGUAAAGGUGACGAUGUGAAAACAUUUCAAGCACAUUCGAUAAUUCUAACAUCUCGAUCAGUUUAUUUCGACUCGGGACUUGAUCAAGUAAAAAACAGUGACGGGGAUGGAUUUUUGUUGAAAUUGAAUUUGUCACCGAUAGCGUUUAACAUAAUUCUCGGAUAUAUUUAUAGCGGUAGACUUGAUUUGGAUGACCUAGCAGGCGAAAAUGUCUUGAGAUUGUUGGUCGGCUGCGAAGAAUUGUCAUUGACCGGUAAUAAGAGAAGUAGCAUUGAUUCAAGAAGAUCAAUAAUUGAUGAAAGUGAUGGCACAGAAGAAGAAAAAACCAAUGGUAAUAAUUAUAGCAAUAACAGCAAACUUUUUGAAUAUAAUUUAUUGUUAAGAGGUAGCGUAGACAGUUUCACACCUGGCUCAUUUCAUUUAAGAUGUGACGCGAAAGGGCCAACCAUCACAAUAUUUCGAUUAUCUGGCGGUGGUAGUGGCAGUGGAUCAUCGCAAGUAAUUUUAGGUGGCUACACUUCAGAAAACUGGUUGUCGUUGAACGAGGCUAAAUGGAUGAAAUGCGACGAGAGUUUUUUAUUUUCGUUGAAGGAGAAAGAUACGAGAUCAUUUAAAAUUUCACGAAUUAAAGAAAAUCAAGAUGCAAUGUAUUUGGACAGAAAUUCAGGCCCAUAUUUUAGCGAUUUGCAUCUAUUAAAAAAUCCUAAUAGUGAUAACAAAAAGAAUGAGUUGUAA